AUGAGGAACACUGCUUUUAGUCUAUGGAAGAAUAAAGGUCUUAAGGAGGUCCUGGCUAAUGGCGAGGGUUUUAUAUUCUUUAUAUUUGAAAGCCCUAAUUGCGGUAGGGAAGUCCUUGAAGGUGGUCCGUGGUAUAUAGGUGGAUUCCAUCUCAUUCUAAAACAAUGGACUCGGAUGAUGAGACUGACUAAAGACAAAAUCCAAAAAGUCCCUGUCUGGGUUAAAUUUUUUAAUGUCCCGAUGGAGUAUUGGGAUAGUGAUGGUUUGAGUAGAAUAGCAAGUGGAGUUGGAGUUCCUCUAUUUACUGAUCACCUCACAGUGAAGGGGACUAGAGUGGCCUUUGCUCGAGUCUGUGUGGAAGUGGAUGCUAGUGCCAAACAACCUCCUUCUUUCCCAGUUAAAUGUGGUGAAAAACAAGUGAUUGUUAAGGUGGAGUACCAGGGUUUACCAUCUAAAUGUGAGCACUGUUUGGUUUUUGGGCAUGACACAACAAAGUGUGUGACUACCCAGGUGGCUAAGCUAGUUAACCUCCAGAAAGACACUGAAAACAACCCUAAUCCAGGAUGGAGUACUGUCCAGGCAAAGGAGAAAAGGAAAAUGGGAGACCCAGAUCCAAGGGAGGAAGAAUUGGAAGGAAAUUUGGCCAGAAUUACCGAAGAUGAGGGAGUUCCUACUCCUAUGGAAGUGAACAACAGUCAGAUUCAAUAG